AUGGCCCAAAAAAACAUAGGCAUUUGGUGGCGUAUUGGUUGGGUAGCUUUGAAUGCAUGGAUGCUUUCAGUGGUCGAUACUUUCAAGAAAUGGUGGUAGGUUUCGUAAUUUUGGUCGAUUAGGUUGUGCUGCUAUAUAUAGGCUGCCUCAUAGAUCUGGAAAAGCGUAAGGGCAAAGGUAGACAAGGAAGAUGGGUCUCAAGGAGGAAUUUGAAGAAUAUGCUGAGAAAGCCAAGGGAUUACCUGAAACUACUACCAAUGAGAAUAAGUUGAUUCUGUAUGGGCUGUUCAAGCAAGCAACUGUUGGACCUGUGAAUACUAGCCGCCCAGGUAUUUUCAACCAGAGAGAUAGAGCCAAGUGGGAUGCCUGGAAGGCCGUUGAAGGUAAAUCUACUGAGGAAGCCAUGGGUGACUACAUCACAAAAGUGAAGGAGCUGCAGGAGGCAGCCGCCGCGUCUUGAACAGGUUUCAACUUACUACGUCGCCACGCUUUCCAACGAGUUCGUACCUUCUUUUGUUUCAGACUCCGAACUUUGUUCUAUAACUGUAAACUGAAGGCACAAAAUCUGUCUGAUUCUUCAGUAUUUAUCUGUUAUCUUUGCAUAUGUACUUUGUUUGACAGCAGUUGAAUUUCAAUCUUACCCCUUUUCAUAUGUGAAAAGCUAAA